GCGCACCGGCCACACCCGGAAGUGGCUCGUUCGGGAGCUGCGCAGCCGUGGCGAGCCGGUGCCAGCUUCUGACUCUGACUCCUCCCGUACCUUAAAAGAUGCUGGAGUCAUAUGUGACUCCAAUUUUAAUGAGCUAUGUGAAUCGCUACAUCAAGAAUUUAAAGCCGUCGGAUCUACAGCUUUCACUAUGGGGUGGAGACGUGGUUCUCAGCAAACUCGAAUUAAAGCUGGAUGUGCUGGAGCAGGAACUGAAGUUACCAUUCACCUUUUUAAGUGGACAUAUUCAUGAAUUGAGAAUCCAUGUACCAUGGACAAAACUGGGCUCCGAGCCAGUGGUGAUUACUAUCAAUACCAUGGAAUGCAUUUUGAAACUUAAAGAUGGAAUACAGGAUGAUCAUGAAAGCUGUGGCUCUAAUUCUACAAACCCUAGUACUACGGAGAACACAAAAUCAUCGGUCAAACCGAGAAGAAUACAGCAGACUGCACCCACUGAUCCCGAUUUACCACCAGCAACUGAUCUGGUGCUAAGAAAGGUUAUUAAUUUUUCUGACUGUACAGUAUGCCUUGACAAGCGAAAUGCCAGUGGUAAAAUAGAAUUUUACCAGGAUCCUUUAUUAUAUAAAUGUUCCUUUAGAACUCGUCUGCAUUUUACAUAUGAUAACCUAAAUUAUAAGAUGCCAUCUGUUAUUAAGAUUCAUACUUUAGUUGAGAGCUUGAAACUUUCUAUCACAGAUCAACAACUGCCUAUGUUUAUCCGUAUAAUGCAGCUUGGAAUUGCUCUUUACUAUGGAGAAAUAGGUAAUUUUAAAGAAGGAGAAACAGAGGAACCUACCUGUCACAAUAAAGACAUGCUAGGAAACAUUACAGUUGCUGAAGAUGAAACAAGAAUAGAAAUGCAGUAUCCUGCUCAGUACAAAACCCAAGACUUCUAUUCACAACAAGAUGAUGAACAGUCACAGGGAUGGGUGUCAUGGGCCUGGUCAUUUGUACCUGCAAUUGUGAGUUAUGAUAAUGAUGAAGAAGACUACUUAGGAAAUGAUCCCACGUCCACCACGCAUCAGCAAAAGGCGCCGACUUUGAAGGAUCCUAUUGUUUCUAUAGGAUUUUAUUGUACAAAGGCCACAGUAACUUUCAAACUCACUGAAAUGCAAGCUGAGAGUAGUUAUUACAGCCCACAGAAAGUAAAAUCUAAGGAAGUACUGUGUUGGGAACAAGAAGGAACUACAGUUGAGGCCCUCAUGAUGGGAGAGCCUUUCUUUGAUUGCCAGAUUGGUUUUGUUGGCUGCAGAGCUGUGUGCCUUAAAGCCAUUAUGGGGGUUAAAGAUUUUGAAGAAAAUAUGAGUAGAAGUGCAACAGAAGCUUGUUUUUUCAUUUGUGGUGAAGAUUUGAGUACAAAAGGUUUCACAUACCUUACCAAUUCAUUGUUUGAUUACCGAAGCCCAGAAAAUAAUGGCACACGUGCAGAAUUUAUCUUAGAUGCUGCUCAUCACCAGGAGACAUACACUGAGAUAGCUGGAAUGCAAAGGUUUGGGGCUUGUUACAUGGAUUACUUGUAUACAAUGGAAAACAUGACAGGCAUAGGUUCUGCAAUUCAACAAGACUUUUCUUCAGGGAAAAGUGAGGAUUUGGGAACAAUUCAGGAGAAGUCUAUCAAAAAUCUUGUCGUAGGUCCUUUUGAUUUACGCCUUGAUAGCAGUGCAGUGCAUAGGAUUUUGAAAAUGAUGGUUUGUGCCUUGGAACAUGAAUAUGAACCAUAUAGCAGACUGAAACCAGAUAUUAAGGAUGAAAACGAAACUUUACUGAAUCCCGAUGAAGUGGCAUCUCUUGAGCAAUAUCUCCCUACUCGAUUUACAAGUGUUACUCUUCUCAAGUGUACCUGCACAGUUUACAUGGCUGAAUUCAAUUUGCUAGGCCAUUUGCUACCUGUCCUUAUGGGAGAAAAGAACUUGAGCAACUUCAUGAAUACUACAAACUUCCAGCCUCUUAGGCCUUUACCAGCCAUUCAGAUAUUGGUGGAUAAAAUUAAUCUGCAACACUCUGUGCCAAUGUAUGCUGAACAGUUGGUACAUAUGGUCAGCAGCCUUUCCCAGUCUUCUGAUAACCUGCUUCAUUAUUGCUAUGCUCAUUGCUACCUUAAGAUAUUUGGUUUCCAGGCAGGACUGACAUCUUUGGAUUGUAGGGGAUCUUCUUGCGUACCUGUACCGAUGAUUCCCUCUUUCAGUACUGCUCUUUAUGGCAAACUGCUGAAACUUCCCAUGUGCUGGACCAAACAAUCGCAGAUCCCUAUAAAUGAAGGUAUAUUUGAACUUCCAAAUCUUACAAUUCAAGCUACAAGAGCACAAACCCUUCUGCUGCAAGCAAUAUAUCAAAGUUGGUCUCAUAUUGGCAAUGUCAGCUCUUCAGCAGUGAAUGAAGCUUUGAUGAAUGAAGUCUUCCAAAGUGCAGGUGUGAAAUCUAAGAAUCCCCUGCCAACUCUUGAGGGCUCAAUGCAGAAUGUUGAAUUGAAGUACUGCAGCACAUCAUUGGUCAAAUGCGCCUCUGGGACCGUGGGAUCAAUGAAACUUUGUGCCAAAGCUCCAGGUGCUGUGCUUCUUUGUUGUGUACAAGGAUUGUCUGUGAAUAUUGACCCAAUCUUGUAUACAUGGCUUAUCUAUCUGCCUCAGAAACGAACGAGUAGACAUAUACAACAGCCACCCAUGGCCACUGUUCCUCCCGUUGUGCCUGUUAGCAGAAAGAAAGAAGACCAAGUGUCUGUUGGAAGUGCUCCGUUGGUGAAGCAGCAGUCAUAUCAGGCCUCAGAAUAUGCCAGCAGUCCUCUAAAAACAAAAACAGAAUCUAGACCAUUGUCAGUUCCUGUUAAAGCCAUGCUGAGUAUAUCUGGCGGCUCCAAAAGUCCCGAAGAAAGAAUGAAAGAAUUUAUUGGAAUAGUAUGGAAUGCAGUAAAGAGGCUCACAUUGCAGCUUGAAGUCCAGUCUUGUUGCAUGUUCAUUCCAAAUGAUAGCCUGCCUUCUCCAAGUACCAUUGUAUCUGGCGACAUUCCCGGCACAGUGAGAAGUUGGUACCACGGCCAAGUCAGCAUGCCGGGAACGCUGGUCGUGUGUUUGCCGCAGAUCAAGAUUAUUAGUGCUGCUCAUAAGGAUAUGGAACCUUUGCAGGAGGUCCCGUUUGUCAUCCCACGUCCUAUUCUUGAAGAAGGCGAUGCUUUUCCUUGGACCAUCAAUGUACAUCAAUUCAGCAUAUAUACCCUUCUCGGAAAACAAGUGACACUUUGCCUGGUGGGACCCAUGGGCUGUACCUCUACUCUGGCUGUCACCUCUCAAAAACUACUGGCUUCAGGACCUGACCCAAGACAUUCAUUUGUUGUCUGUCUUCAUGUUGACCUAGAGCCUCUGGAGAUAAAAUGCUCGAACCCCCAGGUCCAGCUAUUAUAUGAGUUAGCUGAUAACAUGAAUAAAGUCUGGAAUAAGAUUCAGAAGAGAGGGAAUCUAAGCCCAUCUUCAGCCUACCCUGAGGCCAUCAUAGGGGCUGCCCCAAGCUCUCCAGUUAGAAGCAGCGUGGGCACAGCUCCACCAGACACCAGCACGUGCAGCCCGUCUGCCGAGAUGGGCACUACUACUGAGGGAGAUUCUGCGCAAGCAGGUGAUGACUCUCCAUUCUCAGAUUCUGUCACCUUGGAACAGACUACAAGUAACAUUGGUGGAGCCAGUGGGCGUGUUAGUUUAUGGAUGCAGUGGGUGCUCCCCAAAAUUACCGUCAAGCUCUUUGCUCCUGAUCCUGAACACAAGAGCACAGAAGUUUGUAUGGUCAGUGAACUAGAAGAUCUCAGCGCUUCUGUAGAUGUCCAGGAUGUAUACACCAAGGUGAAAUGUAAAAUAGAAAGCUUCAAUAUUGAUCACUACCGAAGCAGGCCAGGGGAAGGUUGGCAGUCAGGACAUUUUGAAGGAGUAUUUCUACAGUGCAAAGAAAAACCCGUGACAGCUGCAAAACCUUUAGAUGGCCCUCCUCAGCAGCAUGGAUUUCUCUCUGUGACAUACACGAAAGCUGUGACCAAAAAUGUCCGCCACAAGUUAACGUCAAGAAAUGAACGAAGAAGUUUUCAUAAGUUGUCGGAAGGUUUAACUGAUGGUUCCCCUCAUUUCCUUCAUGAGAUUCUUCUCUCGUCACAAGCCUUUGAUAUUGUCCUUUGUUUUCCUUUACUUCAUGCCAUUGCGAGUAUAUUUCAAGCAAAGCUACCAAGGACCCAAAAAGAGAAGAGGCAGUCUCCUGGCCAGCCCAUGCGAACCCAUACACUGACUUCCCGAAAUUUACCUUUGAUUUAUAUCAACACAAGUGUCAUCAGAAUUUUUGUCCCCAAAGCAGAGGAAAUACAACCUACGGUUGGAGUGAACCCAACAGCAAAAGAAGACUCUAUGGUUUUAAAGAUCGGCUCUGUGACCAUGGCUCCCCAGGCUGACAAUCCUCUUGGCAGAUCAGUCCUCAGGAAAGAUAUUUACCAGAGAGCCUUAAAUUUAGGAAUUCUUCGAGAUCCUGGUUCAGAAAUCGAAGACCGACAGUAUCAAAUCGACCUGCAGUCUAUCAGCAUCGGCACUGCACAGUGGGAUCAGCUGAAACCCGAGAAGGAAACAGGCACAGGCGGGGCGCUGACAGAGAGUGAAAGAAAUUCUCAGAAUCCCGCCCUUGAGUGGAAUAUGGACAGCAGCAUAAGGAGGCAUCAAGAAAGGAGAGCAAUUUUGACUCCAAUUUUGACAGACUUUUCUGUCCGAAUUACUGGAGCACCUGCCAUCAUUUUCACCAAAAUAAUUUCUCCAGAAAAUGUACAUCCUGAGGAGAUUUUGGUGUGUGGCCAUUCCUUGGAAGUGAACAUAACCACAAACCUGGACUUCUUUCUGAGUGUGGCGCAAGUUCAGCUCUUACAUCAGUUACUGCUCGCAAACAUGACUGGAAUGGAACCAUCACACAAGGCCACAGAGAUCUCCAAACAAGAACAGAAAAAGAUGGAUACAUUUGAUGCCAGCAUGGCCGAAACCUCCUCUCGGUACAGCGGCGCCCAGGACAGUGGGAUUGGCAGCGACAGCGUCAAAAUCCGGAUCGUGCAAAUUGAGCAGCACAGCGGGACCAGCCAGCACCGCAUCGCCCGCCCCUCACGCCAGUCGUCCAUCGUCAAGAAUCUACAGUUUAUUCCCUUCGACAUAUUUAUCACUGCAAGUAGAAUCUCCCUGAUGACUUACUCCCGCACAGCCUUGCCCAAAUCCAAGCCACCAGAACAGAAGGACAACGAGAAAGCAGGCAGGAGUUCUUUACAUGUCCCAGAAGUGGACUCAGAAGAUGUGGCCAAGCCCCGCCAGGCAUGUGUUUCCUCGGUGACCGCAGAUGAUCUCCUAAGCAGUCGUAUUUCGUUCCCCUCGGGGAAGAAAAUAGGAGCCCUCUCUCUUGAUAGCCUCCAUGCAUCUGCCAGGUCGUCAGCUAGACAGGCACUCGGUGUAACUAUUGUGCGGCAGCCCGGGCGAAGAGGAACCGGCGACCAGCAGCUAGAGCCUUUUCUGUACUUUGUGGUGUCUCAGCCUUCCUUGCUGCUGAGCUGUCACCCCCGGAAGCAGCGAGUAGAAGUGUCCAUCUUUGAUGCUGUGCUGAAAGGGGUAGCCUCCGACUACAAAUGUACAGACCCUGGAAAGACUCUGCCCGAGGCCCUUGACUACUGCACUGUUUGGCUGCAAACAGUGGCUGGAGAAAUCGACAGCAAAAGUGGCAUUCCUCCUUCCCUUGUAACGCUGCAAAUGAGAGACUUUCUUAAUGGACCAGCAGACAUCCACCUGGAUAUAUCAAAGCCUUUGAAAGCCAACCUGAGUUUUACCAAGCUGGAUCAGAUAAAGCAUUUUGUAAAGAAGAUAACAAAUGAACAGAGCGUCCCCCCCAGCCCAGCGACAUCAGCCUGGGCAGACCCUAUGCCCAACAAGGAUGACCUUCCAGUCUCCAAAUGUCACCGAGGGAAGUGGCCCCAGCCUGAAGCUCAUGGUGAUGGAGCACAGCGAACUCCACUUCCGGAGAACCUGUGGCGAGCUGUUUCAGGCUUUCAGAAAAUUGCUGUCCGAACAACUCAGAUUGUGGUCUCCAUGGAAACAGUCCCCCACCCCAGCAAACCGUGCCUGUUAGCUUCUUUAUCCAGCCUCAGUGGGAGCCUUACUCUGAAAGCUGCACAAAAAGCACCCGGCCUAAGUCUUGGGUCAUCAUUUGUACUCAGCGUGGACGAUCUUCUCCUUAAAACAAGCCUCAGAGAACGAAGUCGGGUUCUGAUAGGACCAUGUUGUGCCACUGCCACUCUGGAAGCUCAGCGGUGUAAACACAGCGGCAAUCCAGGCCCCGAACAAUCCAGACCCAAGAUAUCGAUUGACCUGGGAGGAGGGCUGCUGCAGGUCUUCUGGGGUCAAGAGCAUUUGAAUUGUUUAGUUCUUCUACGUGAGCUCCUUAAUGGAUACCUCAGUGAGGAGGGAAAUUUGGACAUGCAUGGUUCUCAGCCAGAGCCUUCAAUGUCAUCUCCUGUGGAAAAUAAUCAAAACUUUAAAAGUGCACAAAGUUCAGAUGAUCUACGGACCGGCCUGUUUCAGUAUAUACAAGAUGCUGAACCUUUGAAACUGCCGAGUGCCUAUGAAGUGUUGUUUUACAACGAAACAGAGGAGAGUCCGGGCAUGAUGUUAUGGAGAUAUGCAGAACCGCGCGUGCUCACCCUUGUGCGCAUCACUCCUGUGCCCUUCAACACCACCGAGGAUCCAGACAUCAGCACGGCCGACCUUGGAGAUGUGCUGCAGGUCCCUUGUAGUUUGGAAUACUGGGAUGAACUCCAGAAAGUUUUUGUGGCAUUUCGAGAAUUCAGUCUAUCUGAAAGCAAAGUUUGUGAACUGCAGUUGCCAGAUAUCAAUCUUGUGAAUGACCAGAAGAAACUGGUGUCCUCGGACCUUUGGAGAAUUGUCCUGAACAGCAGUCAAAAUGGUGCUGAUGACCAAAGCUCUGCAAGUGAGUCUGGCUCUCAGAGCACUUGUGAUCCACUUGUCACUCCCACAGCCCUGGCUGCCUGUACCAGAGUCGACUCCUGUUUCACUCCAUGGUUUGUCCCAUCUCUCGGCAUCUCCUUUCAGUUCGCUCACCUGGAGUUCCACCUUUGUCAUCACCUGGAUCAACUCGGCACAGCUCCACCGCAGUACCUAUACCCUUUUGUGUCCGAUAAAAACGUGCCGUCCGAACUAGAAUACAUGAUUGUCUCCAUCCGAAGGCCGCACGUGUACCUCCGGCAGUGGGCGGAUGGGUCCGUCUGCCAGGAGGUCCGGUUCUCAGCUCAAGCAGAGUGUCAACUUCUAGAGUGCAGAAACGUCACCAUGCAAACUGUGGUCAAACCCUUCAGCAUCUUUGGAGAAAUUGCGGUUUCCAGCGAGGCAGUGGAAAAGCUGCUCGACUGCAGCCUGGUCAUCGAUUCCGUGUUUUUAAACUUUGGACAGCAUGUAGUUCAUUCUCUGAGCACUGCAGUCCAAGCUUGGCAACAGAACAAAUGCCCUGAGGGAGAGGAGCUGGUCUUCAGCCAUUUUGUGAUCUGUAAUGACACACAGGAGACCCUGCGGUUUGGCCAGGUGGACACGGAUGAAAACAUGCUUCUGGCCAGCAUCCACAGUCACCAGUACAGCUGGCGCUCGCACAGAUCCCCACAGCUGUUGCACAUCUGUAUUGAAGGCUGGGGCAAUUGGCGUUGGUCGGAACCCUUCAGUGUGGACCAUGCCGGGACUUUCAUUAGAACAAUCCAGUACAAGGGUCGAACUGCUUCACUCAUCAUCAAGGUCCAGCAGCUGAGUGGCGUGCAGAAGCAGAUUAUCAUCUGCGGAAGACAGAUCAUCUGUAGUUACUUGUCUCAAAGCAUAGAACUGAAAGUUGUUCAGCAUUACAUUGGUCAAGAUGGACAAGCUGUGGUUCGAGAGCGGUUUGACUGCCUCACCUCCAAGCAGAAAUUGCCCUCCUACAUCUUGGAAAGCAGUGAGCUGACAGAGCUGUGUGUGAAGGCCGAAGGGGAUGAGGACUGGUCAAGAGAUGUACGCCUGGAGUCCAAGGACCCCGAGUACAGCAUCGUCAUUCAGGUGCCGUCUUCAAACAGUUCCAUCAUUUAUGUCUGGUGCACAGUUUUGACUUUAGAACCCAAUUCUCCAGCACAGCAACGGAUGAUUGUGUUCAGCCCUCUUUUUAUCAUGAGGAGUCAUCUUCCAGACCCCAUUAUCAUACAUUUGGAGAAAAGGAGCCUGGGAUUGAGUGAAACACAAGUCGUUCCAGGAAAGGGGCAGGAAAAGCCACUGCAAAACAUAGAGCCUGACCUUGUACAUCACCUAACAUUUCAAGCAAGAGAAGAAGACGAUCCUUCAGAUUGUGCCAUUCCCAUUUCAACAUCCCUCAUUAAGCAAAUAGCCACAAAGCUGCACCCCGAGGGCCCGGCUAGUCAGCUCCUCACAGAAUUCUAUGGGACAGAGAAAUCCCUUCGACCCGUGUGGCCCUAUGUUACAAAGGAUUCCGAGAGGAACGAACAGCUGAGUCAGUGGGAUAGCCCGAUGCGAGUAAAGCUGUCGGUCUGGAAGCCACAUGUUAAAACCCUGUUGAUAGAACUUCUGCCCUGGGCUCUUCUUAUCAAUCAGUCCAAGUGGGACCUCUGGCUGUUUGAAGGAGAGAAGAUCGUUCUACAGGUUCCUGCUGGCAAAAUUAUCAUCCCUCCUAACUUUCAGGAAGCUUUUCAAAUUGGAAUAUACUGGGCAAAUACAAACACUGUGCACAAGUCAGUAGCAAUUAAACUGGUCCAUGACCUGACAUCUCCAAAGUGGAAAGAUGGAGGCAACGGUGAAGUUGUGACAUUGGACGAAGAAGGGAUUGUUGAUGCUGAAAUACGACUUGGUGCCUUCCCAGGACAUCAGAAGUUCUGCCAGUUCUGCAUUUCCUCCAUGGUGCAGCAAGGCAUACAGAUCCUCCAGAUCGAGGACAAGACCACCGUCGUCAACAACACCCCCUACCAGAUAUUCUACAAGCCGCAGCUGGCCCUCUCUGGCCCUCACUCUGCGGGGAAGGAGGAUUUUCACAUUCCAGACGGCACAACUUUUAGCAUCUGCCCAGGUGGAGAGCAGGCUGCUGUGAAGUCCGGCUCCCUGCCCUGCUGGGACGUCCUGCCUGACAUCAGUCAGCCAGUGCCGGAUGCUGCCCUGCUCCAGAAGCAGAUCUUGCUGGGCUUCUCUCCUGCCGUGGGUGCCGACAGCUCACAGUGCUGGAGCCUGCCAGCCGUAGUUAGACACGAGUUUCCCAGACAGAGCGUGGCAGUGCCCUUCAUGGGCAGUCGGGAGAAUGGAUUCCGUACCAGGGCGAUAACACUGACAUGUCAAGAGCACUUUGGAGUGACGUACUUAACCCUCUCAGAAGACCCUAGUCCUCGGAUAAUUUUCCAUAACAAGUGCCCAGUAACCAUGCUUCUCAAGGAAAAUAUCAAAGAUACCCCAAAGUUUGAGGUUUACUGCAGAAGAAUCCCCCCAGAGUGCUCAGUUCAUCACGAACUGUACCAUCAGAUCUGCAGUUACCCAGACUGCAGAACCAAAGACCUGCUGCCGAGCCUGCUGCUGAGAGUGGAGCUGCCGGGAAAAGUAACCGACUGGAGCGACGCCAUCGACAUCAACCACCCGGGCACCCAGGUUUUGUUCCUAACUGGCUUUGGCUAUGUGUACGUGGACCUUGUCCAUCAGGGCGGCACCGUCUUCAUCACUCUGGCCCCAGAAGAAAAAGCCGGGCCUCUGGUAACUAAGCCCAACAGCAUGCUGGAGAUGGCUGUCAGAUUUCAAAUGUUCGUCACGCAGUUGAGCCUGGCGGUGUUGGAUGACCUCACCCACCCCCACACAUCGUCUGAACUUCUGAGACUCACACUUGACCAUGUGUUUCUCCAUCUGGCCCCCGUGGCGGGCCACCUCCCUGUGGAAGAGACCCCGGCCGCCAUCUUCCAGCCGUACUGCAUGGAGGUCUGCUGCGGGGACUUGCAGCUGGACAACCAGCUUUAUAACAAGUCCAACUUCCACUUCGCUGUCCUGGUCUGCCAGGGGGAGAAAACAGAACCCUCUGGAUGCACCAAAAUGCAGAGCCUCCUGGUCUCCCGCGCCGAUGUGGAAGAAUACAAGCGAAGCUGUUUCAUCACACUGUGUGUCACCUUGUCGCAGGGCAAGAGCUGCUUGUGUGAGAUGAACGAGUUCAGUUUUGAACUGAAGCCCGCCCGGCUCUACGUGGAAGAUACGUUUGUGUACUACGUCAAGACUCUGUUUGACACCUACCUCCCUUACACUGACAGCCAGCGGGCCGGUCGCCCCGGGCCCCUCGCCGGGGACACACAGCUGCUGCCCCUGCAAGUCAGGCAGCACGCCCAGGCCUUGGUGAACCCGGUGAGGUUACGGAGGCUGGUGAUCGAGCCCGUGAGCCUGCUGGUCAGCAUCCACGCUUCCCUCAAGCUGUACAUCGCCUCUGACCACACGCCCCUCUCCUUCUCCGUGUUUGAGCGCGGGCCCAUCUUCACCACGGGCAGACAGCUCAUCCACGCCCUGGCCAUGCACUACGCCGCUGGGGCACUCUUCCGAGCAGGCUGGGUGGUCGGAUCUCUGGAAAUCCUGGGCAGCCCGGCCAGUCUGGUGAGAAGCAUCGGGAACGGGAUCGCAGACUUCUUCCGGCUGCCCUACGAGGGGCUGACCCGGGGCCCGGGGGCCUUCGUCAGCGGCGUGUCCCGCGGGACCACAUCGUUUGUGAAGCACAUCUCCAAAGGUACCCUCACAUCCAUCACCAACCUGGCCACGAGCCUGGCCCGCAACAUGGACCGCCUCUCGCUGGAUGAGGAGCACUACAACCGGCAGGAGGAGUGGCGGCGGCAGCUCCCCGAAAGCCUGGGCGAGGGGCUGCGACAGGGCUUGUCCCGACUGGGCAUCAGCCUGCUUGGGGCAAUUGCUGGCAUCGUCGAUCAGCCAAUGCAGAACUUCCAGAAGACAUCGGAGACGCAGGCUUCUGCAGGACACAAGGCCAAGGGCGUUAUCUCGGGGGUGGGGAAAGGCCUCAUGGGGGUGUUCACCAAGCCCAUCGGGGGAGCUGCGGAGCUUGUGUCGCAGACAGGCUACGGUAUUUUACACGGAGCUGGACUUUCUCAGCUUCCCAAACAGCGCUAUCAGCCACGUGAUCUAUACGCUGACCAGGCUCCCAACAGCCAUGUCAAAUAUGUCUGGAGGAUGCUCCAGUCCCUGGGCAGACCAGAAGUCCACAUGGCCCUGGAUGUGGUUCUGGUGAGGGGCUCCGGCCAGGAGCACGAGGGCUGCCUGCUGCUGACGUCAGAAGUGCUCUUCGUGGUGAGCAUCAGUGAGGACACACAGCAACAGGCCUUCCCUGUCACAGAGAUUGAUUGCACACAGGACAGUGAACAGAAGAACCUGCUGGUCCUGCAGCUCAAGCAGCCGAGGGUGGCCUGUGAUGUGGAGGUGGACGGAGUCCGAGAGAGGCUGUCAGAACAGCAGUACGACAGACUUGUGGACUACAUCACCAAGGCAUCCUGUCACCUGGCUCCCAGCUCCUCGUCUUCCACAGCACCUUGCCCCGUGGUCCCUGUGGAGCCGUUCCCCUCUACUGUCAAAACCUACCACUACUCGGCCGACCCCUGUUUUGUUCAGGUCUUCAUCAGUAAAUUUACUAUGGUGAAAAAGAAAGCCCUGAGGAAAGGCUUCCCCUGAGCCCGCUCUCUGUGUGCUCCUCAAACACAGAGUGCAUUCCGUGUUAAGUGUUCACUCCACUCACAUGCAGAAUGGAUCAGGCCUUAGAAUGGAAAGCUAGAGUUCAAACCCCAUUCCCACCUGUUUGGGGGCAAAGAAACCAUCUAAUUCUACCAGGGUGCCUGCAAAGGUUUGGCUUUGUCAGAUGAAAUUAAAUGCUGAGACACCGCUGUUUAACUUGUGAAAUCUGUUCCAUAGCUGAUGCUGUUCUUGUCGUGAAAGCUGGUUAUCUGAACUCUGAAACCUGCUCUUUCAGAGGUUUACAGAACAUUCUUAUGGUUGUUCAGGUGCAUUUUGGAAAAAUUAUUGUCUCAAUCAGCAAACCAGAGUUAGUAACGACCAGUAAGGAGAGAGCCAGAGUGCUUAGGUGAGUUUCAGGUUCCGUAAAGAAGCCACGACCAGACAUGCAGACAUGUUAAUCCUGCAGGAGCCAUCAAGAACUGCAGGAUUAACAAGGAGAGCCGUCCGCCACACGGUUUCUUUCCAAAUCUUAAGUCACCAGACAUCAGCUUAAAUGUUUGAUGAAUAUUUCUUAUUCCAAUAAAUUGGAGUGAAGACACCCAGACUUGGGCCUAUAACUUGUCACCCGCAACUGUGAGAAGCUAAGAAAAUGUUAGUCCAAACACCUACGAGUCUGUAACACUCACGUGUUGCUGAGCUUGAAGUCAGUUUACAGAAAACAAGAAUGUUAACAAUGUUAAUGGUUUCUUCAUUAGUUUGCUAUGUACAUCACUUCAGAAAGUGAUUGUUUUGUCAGUCUCAAAAGUAACAUAAGUCAAUCUUAUAUUUUUAAGAAUGUAAAUAUUGUAUCUUUUAUGGUAAUUUUCCAAGCUGCUUCUAAGAAGUAUUAAAUUGUUAUUAAUUUAAAAUAAAGGGUAUCCCCAAAUUAC